AAUUCUGCAAUGGCACUGGAUCAUAUUUCUACAUUGCUACCGCUCGACGAAUGAACUUUACUGCUGCGCAGAAAGGAUGCCAAUCCCAAGGAGCGACAUUGGCAAAGAGUUGGGAACUUAGUGCAAAGUGCCCUAGUGUUUUAACUUCCUUGAAAAAGAGCGCAAUGGUAUCUGAGAGUCCGUCUUCUGAUAUUACCGUCUUGUGUGAAGUGAAACCUGAAGUGGAAUGUACCACCGCCCAUUCAAACCUUCACGAAACCCUCAUGCUUGUGGGUUAUCUAACACAUUCAGACCGGAGAGCUAGUGAAAGGAGGGAGUUAUGCAAACAGCAGCAUGCACAGUGGGCAGGAUAUUAUCACGACGCUUUGACCUCCAGAAGUCAAUGCUCUGGAAAUAUCGAUACCAUCGCGAAGAGGAUUCCUGGCAUGGUAGAUGGUUUCCAACGCGUAUACUGUAAACGUUCUACAUGCCCUGCUGGUACACGUCUUGUCGGGGGUGAAUGUACACUGACUACUGAAUGUGAUUCAAGAAACGUGCUAACAGCAAUAAUGACCCAUGGAGUUAACUAUGACGAGGCGGCCGCGGCUUGUACGGCUCGCGGAAUGACUUUGCCAGACAAAAGCCUCUCCAGCUGCUAUAAGAAUUUGUUCAGUAACGCCCUCAACAACAGCCGGGCCUGGGUACACAGCGACACGGGGGCCGCGGUACGUGCAACUGAUGACGUCCACAGUGUGCGCAACACCAGGAUGGGCGUGCUGCUUUGUGCCCGGGCAUGCCCCAAUGGUACACAUCUCCUUGGAGGUCAAUGCAUAUACAAGGUUGACUGUGACCCAGUGGACAACCUAAUUGGCAUGUGGACCAAUGGUGAGAACUUUGCGGAGGCCGAAGCAACUUGUCGAAAACUUAACAUGACAUUGCCUAGAAGUUGCACUUGGACGUGCUACAAACAGUUUGCAGACAUCACUGGAACUAACUACCAAAGAGGCUGGGUGAACGAUAUCACUGGAGAUCUGGCCCUGGACACACAUAGUUUACGGAGCAAUCGACAUCACACAAGGUUUCCCUUCACGUUUUGCGUCCAACCAUGCCCUACCGGUUCGCACCUUGAGGGAGGUAAAUGCAUCAGAAAAAUUGAAUGUGAGCACGCAAACAUCAAGAUAACUGCUAUUUGCACUCAUGGAGAGAACUUUUGUGAGGCCGAGACAACUUGUAGGAACCGUCACAUGAUGUUGCUUAGCAAUCGUCCCGACAUUUGGCAUUGCAUCGAACAUUACACUGUGACAUUUGGCGAGCGACCAGCCUGGAUGAAUACAACCGUGAGAAACGAGGCCUUAGCUACAGAUGGUGUUCAAUACGAUCGAAAUAGCACGAAACUGUACCUCACUGCGUGCGUCUCAGUUGGUGAGUAGUGAGCCGCCGGCCAUGUCGAACGAAGAUUUGGAGCGCUAAGGACCGUUGAGGGAAUAUCAACAGGGGGAAAAGAGCCCAGUGAUUUGCGUCCAGUGCCGGACUGCGAUCAUUCCUAGCCCACGUUUAUGCCUUGGUCGAACUAUAGUUAUUCCAAGUCUAAUGAAAUCAUCAAAAUGACCGUUUGAUUCCUGAUUUUUGCUGCUCUUCGCAUGCUUCUUUUGCACGUCUUUUGUGUGUUGAGAAUGUUAAUCAUAUAUUUUCUCUCUGACUGACUUUGGGUGUGCUGCCUAGUUGGUGGAUUAUUUCUAUUCAUAACGAAAGCCUCUU